UCGUUAUAUGUCACCAUCAUAACCAAGAAUCCUGUAACGUCAACUACGGCCUUGCUCAAUUUGUCAGUUCCUUUAGUCUUUGAUAGUGAACUGCUUUUGGUUCCUGAGUAUGGCAAGUUCUUUCAGUGUCAUCACUUUCAGUAUUCUUGUAGCUCUCCUUCAGUCACAUUUCCUGAUCGUAUCUCCCUGCAUGUCCUGCAUCAGUCCAUGGACAAGUUUUGGGAAUCAUUGCUACCUUAUCGUGGCGGAUAAGAAGACCUUUAAUGAAGCUGAACAGUACUGUCAGAGUUUGUCACGCCAUGGCAGACCAUCUCAUCUGGCAUCCAUUAUGAGCCAAGAGGAAAAUGAUUUCCUUGUCCUUCUUAUCAGAUCCACUUUCAACCAAGUCGAUACGAAAUCCUGGUUUGGCUACCACAAUGACAGAUUCAAUGCCUCUUCAACCUGGCAGUUUAUUGAUGGCAACCUUUUCAUGGGUUACACCAACUGGAGAUCUGACUCCCCCAGCGGCGAUGGAUACUGCGCCGAGUUGGUUCAAACUGCGACAACUGGCUUUUGGAAUGACCUGCCAUGUACUGAAAACAACAAAAAUUCCGUCUGUAAAAUAGCAGCCAGGUUCUAAGUGAAACUGUGGCAAACUCAUUGACACUGUAAAGUAAUGCAUUCAUUUUGGUAUCUUAGCUUCAAGCGUUGUGCAGUAAACAAACAACUUUGCAUUAAUUACGAACAGCAGACAGAACAACAGUUAAUCAGGAUGUGGGUUUCAUCAGGCACUGUGUAUCUCCAGUGGAUUCAACGUAAUAGCAAUGGAGGACUUUAACAUUUCAUCUCAAUUGAAUCAUGAUUCGUUGAAAGUUCUU